AUGUGGGCAGGAGGCGGCUGGAGCGAGGAGUGGCCGAAGGUGGGCGGUGAACACACGAGCGACGCAGACACAGACGACAGGAACCGCUACGCCAUAGAACAAGGUCUGUGGACGCCUGACCCUCGCAUCCUGGUGGGCCCGUACGAGGAGGAGGCCCCGCGGCGGCUGACCAACGCCCGCUUCCUCACCGCCAACAACACCAUCACCACCGUCCAAGUGGGCACCACCGCCGCCCUGCGCUGCCAGAUCAACGACGUGGCCGAGCAUGAGACGGUCUCGUGGGUGCGACGGCGGGACCACCACCUCAUCACGCUGGGCAGCCACACGUACAGCAACGACGACCGCUUCCACGUGUCCCACUCACCGCCCUUCAAGAUACCGCCAGGGAAGGGCAAGGAAUGGACGCUCUACAUUAAGUACGCCCAGGUCAGGGAUUCCGGCGUGUACGAGUGCCAGCUGUCCGCUCACCCUCCCAUGGGCAUCCUGGCGAACCUCAGGGUCAUACAGGCCGUAUCGGAAAUCACAGGCAGGCCGGACCUCUACGCGCAGGAGGGGAGCGACGUGACUCUCCUCUGCCGCCUGAGGAACUACACUGAACCGCCGACCUACGUCUUCUGGUACCACGGCGACCAGAUGAUCAACUACGACGCCGACAGACAGGUGAGCGUGGUGAGCCGGGGCGGGGAGAGCGAGCUGCGUCUGGCCAGCGUGACUCACGUGGCCUCAGGGAACUACACGUGCGUCCCGGCCAACGCCAAGCCCUCCUCCGUCACCCUGCACGUCAUUACAGGUGAAGCCCCCGCCGCCAUGCAGCGCGCCGCCGCUCCUCCCUUGCACAGCGCCUACACAGUGGCCUUGGCGUCGGGAACACUCGUAUUACUCAACUUGUGAACUACUAGCUGUUCCUGGAGGCUCCGUUGACUAAAUGUUAUUGGUUAAGUGUCAGUGAGGCUCGCCCGCAGCUGUUAAAUGUAAAAUAACUGUUUAAACGCUGCUCUUUAACAAGCGGCCAGUGUUGUGUGUUGAGGGAGUGGUGGGCCGCCGACACGCCACGGCGCGGCGCGGCAAACACUCCACCGGCCCUUGUGAGCGGCGCCGAAGCCAUGCAGUGUGGAGGAAGCCCCGACACGUGCAAUGGGUCGUGAAGCAAGAGUGUGCAAAGCGCUGACUCACCGUCCUCCUCUGUCCAGGUGACACAGACACUACAUAACCCACGACUGCAAAGAAAAUAUUGCAGUGCUGUUGACAAAUAAGUGUGAAGAGAAGAGUGUCUACUGACUCCUCGGUGAAGGCAGAGAAGUGAGUGACUGGAGUGUCUUGUGACAAUGCGUUACCGUCAGGAAAAAAGACUCAACUUUGGAUAUAUAUAUAUAUAUAUAUAUAUAUAUAUAUAUAUAUAUAUAUAUAUAU